AACGGACGGAGGCGGACGGAGAGAACCGGAGCCGUCUGGAGGAGAGAGGGGGCGGCAGAGAGAGCUUCACCCGCAUCACUGUCGUUUCUGCAGCGGAUCGGAGAGGAGAGAACCACCGGAGAACCACCGGAGAACCACCGGAGACCCACCGGCGGCUUGUUCACAGCGUCGUCAGCAUGACUAAAGAGGAGAACCUGGAGGUGCAGGAGAAGGAGAGGCACGACCGGGAGGAGCAGGAGGAAGGUCGGGUCCAGAAGGAGGAGGAGGAGGCCCUGACCGAGGAGGAGGACGAAGACGAGGAGGACGAGGAGGAGGACGAGGAGGAGGAGUACGAGCUGGAGGAGGAGAGAGAGACAGAGGAGAGAGCCGAGGACGAGGAGGAGGAUGAGCCAGAGGAGGAGAGGGAGGAGAGGGAGGAGGAUGGAGAGCCUUCCAGCGGCCGGGAGGUGGAACCAGAACCAGAACCAGAACCAGAACCAGAACCGCUGUCGGUGUCUGAGUACCAGAGUCCGGUCCACGAACCGCGACGCCGUGCCAUGGUUCACCCCUCAGCCCAGGCCCCGCUGCCCAAAGACUACGCCUUCACCUUCUUUGACCCCAAUGACCCGGCCUGCCUGGAGAUCCUCAUGGACCCUCGGACCUCCAUCCCCGAGCUGUUCGCCAUCGUCCGUCAGUGGGUUCCUCAGGUGCAGCACAAGAUCGACAUCAUCGGCAACGAGAUCCUGAAACGAGGUUGCCACGUCAACGACCGCGAUGGUUUGACCGACAUGACGCUGCUUCACUACAGCUGUAAGGCCGGAGCUCACGGAGUCGGUGACCCGGCGGCGGCGCUACGACUCACCAGUCAGCUGAUCUCUCUGGGGGCUGACGUCAGUCUGAGGAGCCGCUGGACCAACAUGAACGCUCUGCACUACGCCGCCUACUUCGACGUCCCAGAGCUGAUCCGAGUCCUGCUCAAAGCGGCCAAACCCAGAGUGCUGAACUCCACCUGCAGCGACUUCCACUACGGCACGGCGCUCCACAUCGCCGCCUCCAACCUUUGUCUGGGAGCCGUCAAAUGUCUGCUGGAGCACGGAGCGAAUCCCACCGUCAGGAACGAUAAGGGCCAGGUCCCCGGAGAGGUGGUCCCUGACCCGAUGGACAUGAGCCUGGACAAGGCGGAGGCGGCGAUGGUGGCCAAAGAGCUGAAGCAGCUGCUGCUGGACGCCGUCCCGCUGAGCUGCAACCUUCCCCGAGCCACGCUGCCCAACUACGACAACAUCCCCGGAAACCUGAUGCUGUCUUCACUGGGCCUGAAGCUGGGAGACCGAGUGGUUCUGGACGACAUGAAGCUCCAGAGAGACCAGAGCCGAGACGACGGCCCGGCUGAAAACCUCACUCAGAGCGGCACUUUGAGGUUUUGCGGCACCACGGAGUUCGCCAGCGGUCAGUGGGUCGGCGUGGAGCUGGAUGAACCAGAGGGGAAGAACGACGGCAGCGUGGGCGGCGUCCGAUACUUCAUCUGCCCUCCCAAACUCGGUAUUUUCGCUCCAGUGUCAAAGAUCUCCAAAGUCAUGGACCAGACGCCUUCCUCCGUCACCUCGACCCCCAGAACUCCUCGCAUCGACCUGGCCUCCCGCCUGGCCGGGAAGACCAAGAAGGAGAAAGAGAAGAAGGAGAAGGAGAGGGAGAAAGCUCAGAGGAAGAAGUCUUCAGUGGCCAGUCUGGAUCCGGAGGGGUUGAAUGUUGAGGUUGGAGAUCAGGUUCUGGUGGCCGGACAGAAAAACGGCACUGUGCGCUUCUACGGAAAGACAGACUUCGCUCCAGGUUACUGGUUCGGCAUCGAGCUCGACCAGCCGACGGGGAAACACGACGGUUCGGUGUUCGGCGUCCGUUACUUCAGCUGCCUGCCCAAAUAUGGAGUGUUUGCUCCGCCCUCCCGCGUCCAGAGAAUUGGUGGACCCAAAGACGGCUCACAGACCGACGGAUCGAUGGUGAAGAAGGUCCACCAGGUCACCAUGUCGCAGCCCAAACGUAACUUCAACACGAUGCGUUCCCCUAAAGACCUGACUUCUGAGAGCUCCAUAUCCAGGUUGCUGUUCUGCUGUUGGUUUCCGUGGAUGCUUCGUGCUGAGAUGCAGUCCUAACCACGCCCUCUUCCUCUUCCUGCUCUUCCUCCUCUUCCACCGGAUUGAUCUCUCGGCUCUACUUUCUGUCCAUCUUUUUCCUUUCCUUCUCUCUCUGAGCCUCCUUCAAACUCCUCGUGGUGAAACUCCGUCCUCCUCUUUCUCACUCUCAGCCCUCCAAUUUAGCCGUUCUAUAGCAGAAUCUAUAGUGCCUUGUAUCUGAUCGAAACGUCCUGCAUUCCUUUAAACAAACCCAGAAUCCAGCUCCGCUAAAGCAAUCGCCCCAGAGUACCGUCUUUGCCCUUUGACCGUCCCUGCUCGGUGUUCGUUCCUCCACCAGGGGCCACAUAACGCUAGUCUGUGCUGCUGCUUGUUUUGUUUUCGCUGCUACUAGCUUUGGGUCUUUCUGAAAUACUGGCCGAGCUUUGGCACCGGAUUGCUGAGUAUUAGGAGACAACGCUGAUGUUUGUUUAGUCCGUUAAGUCCUGAAAUGUAACCUGCAGAAGCAGCAGAACGUCCUGAAGGGGGCAGUGUUACAGAGUGUUUGGGUGGUUGUGCAGGAAGUGUUUCAUUCGCUGGUUUGGACCCAGAUCUGGCUGCUGCAGCUGAGAACAGAGCUUCAUUUAACAGCUGCUGCCUUAUUCCAGGCGCUUUUCUUUACGCUCACAUCUGGUGCUGCUUUCAAAUGAAGCUGUUUUAAUGUGAGGAGUCCGUAUGAACGCCCACCUGAAAGCUCACGACUUUCAACAUUUUCAGAAACAGUGGAGCUCAUAGAAGUUCCAUUAUUGGUGGAUAUAUUGGAAUUUUAUAACAGAAAUGUCUGAGAAAACUGCUGAUAAUCCAAAUGGCCUUAACUUUUAUUUAUGCCUUUGCAUUUUCUACAGUAUGUUACCUGACAGCUAAAUUGCUAAUUAGUUAGCCUUCACCCAAUCUGGACAUCAUCAACACAAAUCAUUACCUAAAAAUAUCGGUCACUAGUGACGUCCUCUACCUUCCACUUAGCGAGGCAAAAUGCAGCUUUGUAGCACGUUAGCAUAGCAAAAGGGUGUGUUUUAACCCGAAUCAUGAUUCUGUCCUAAACCUAGCAGCUUUAGUGGGUAAACCUGCCGGAGUAGUUCUGGAGGGAAAACUUAACCGUAGGUUUGGCGGCUGAUCUUACUGAAGCAGUUUUAGUGAGAAAACUUACACAGUUAGUUUUGGAUCUUAAACUUAACCAGACAGACGGAAAAGUGAAAGUCAAAAUGAGACUUUAGUGAAAUAACAAAACUACAUUUUGGUCCAAGACAGAACUGCAAAUUAAGACAAUCAGCUGAUUUACGCCACCACCACACCUUGUUAGGUUUUGAUGGUAAAUACAAAAUCCGGUCUUUACCACCAGUAAAUGAGGUGGAAGCUCUCCUGCAGAGCUACUGGAAGGUGAAGAGGUCAUGAUGAGUGACGAUAACAUGCAUCGAGACAUUUUAUUUCCACGUCUUAUGUGGUAUUGAGAAGCUUGUGAGUUCCGUUUGAAGGCAGAAGUAGUCAGCAUAAAGAAAAGCGCUCGUUGUUUCUGGUAACCAUGGUAACCUGUGUGAAGGUAGCUCAGCAUCAAAGCUUCAGAUUCACUGUAAAAACUCAAAACUGUGGGUGAAGAACUUGAAUCACCUGCAUGCUUUAAUCUCAGACGUGAAAACAGGGUUCUAUUGUUUUUAUGUUCUUUUUUUUUAAUCUUUCUUUGUCUUAUUUUUUAUUUCGCUGUUGGGAUGUGACGUCACAAAGUGGUUCUUUGUUAAAUAUCUCAACAAGUUAGCCUUUUUUCUGUGUUUGCAGCCAGUUUCCAACGCGUCCGACCGCACAGAAAACCGCUUGUUUUUUUCUUCAUGCUUUGAAAAACAUAAUUAAUAGAUCUAUAGUUGACAUUAGAGCAGCUACACAUGUAGAGAAACUGUCAUUAUUAGUCAAUGUAUUGCCAAAUACAAACUGUAGUAUAUUAUAGAGGAUAUGAAGAGCUGCACUCGUAAUCCGUCGUUAACCAAAACCUGCUAACUGACCCAAAACCAUCUAAAGUGUCGAGUGUUUCAGCCCCGGUACAGGAGAUAUUAACGCUUUUGUGUUGCCAAAAUAAGCUUCAUUUAAACUUUAAACUGACAGUUUGGAGUUGAACGUUUGUUUACGAUAAUCAGACAGUAACCUUUUUAAUAAUCGUAUGUAGAAUUAUAAACCCUCUCCAGAGAUAUUUGUAAAACUCUUCCCCUCUUUCUCCUCCUCUUCUUCUUCCCUCAUCCCUCUCCCUCCAUUUAAAUAAGACUUUUUGUGAAUGUGAGCAUCUGCGAAAAAGACAAAACCGAGUUAACCUAUGUGUGUGCUUAGUGUUCAAAUCUCUCUCCAAGUCUGUGCAUAACUGAAAACAGCAAUAUGUAAACAGUGUACCUAUCUGUGUGGAAAUGGUUCCUGUGUUAACGUCUCUUUACACCGAUAGAGAACCAGCCGAGGCCGCCGAGAAAACAGCCAGAUAGACCCAAGAUACCGAUGUUUGGAGGCACGACAUUCCACAUUUCAAGAGUCAUUUCAGUUCGUUUUGACAAGUUAGCGAAAGAAUUACCCCCAAAACUGGCAGAUAAUGGUAGGGUUUAAAUUUUAAAAUGAUAAAUCUAAUAUUUACAAUCCUCAAUGACAGUCAUCAGGUUGCAUUAAGUCACAAAAGUCAGCACAGACAUGCUACGUUCUCCUUACUUUAGCCGUGUAGCUAAUUUUACAGAAAGUCUUUUAGCUCCUGUAAGGUUAAACUUUGAGGUCUGGAAUUCUAAACUUAUAUUAUUGACAAGUUAUGCAAAAUAUUUGGUGAUUUGCAGAGUUCAGGCUAAAAGAAUUUUCUAAUUUUUGUUAUUUAAACGUGACUUAACCCCUUAAGCUUCAGUGUACCGCCGGCGGUACACCUACUAAUUUGUAUAGGAAUUUCAAGAAUGUCCGACGGGUGCAAACGCGAUUAUACAAACACUAUACGCCGAUGGAAAGCUUAGAUUCUCAUGAAUCCGCCGGUAUAAACCACUUUCAGAUGUGAUUACCACAGAGGGUGAGAAAAACACAUUUGUCCGACAAAAACAAAUAUUCAUCCAUCCGUUCUCUAUACACGGCUUCAACGCACACAGCGCGACUCACAUUUCCGGGUUCAUUAUUACACACAGAUGAAAAUAUUCCACAAAAAACGGCCAUAAUCCAACCUUGGACAUCCAGAUGACACAAGCUAGUAAACUAUUUUAUCCAAAACAUGUCCUGAAGUCGGUAUAAAAUCCCCAAAUCGGUCGUUUUCAAUGCACCUCGCGAUGUGCGUCCAAUAUUCCCUGUAUUUUUCGUAAUUUUUUUUAUUUAAAAAUAGAAUAUUAGCGAUUUUUUGUACUGAAAACGGCUGGAAAUGACUGAAGCUUAAACGGUUAAUCCGUACAAGGACAAAAAACACAACAUUUAUGAGCUAAUGUUGUUUCAGUAAUCAUAAUUUUAGAAACUAAAAGAUAUCACCUAUCAAAUAAGGUCUAUUUGUAUUUUGGCUUCACUAUUCUUUUGUUGUAAGCUUUUCCAUUUCCCAAAUAGAUGAAAAUUCCCGUAAAAAAGGGGCCGGAUGUCAGGAGGUUUGUGCUCAUGUUUAGUUUUUAAGCAAAUCAUUCACAUUUCAACUCUGGAAACACACACUAUGCAUCCAGAAGUGUAAUUUGUUUAUGCAAUCUUGGUCUUUUAUGAUUAAACAAUUAGCCUUUCACAUUCUUGCAGAAGGAAAAUGGCUCUUUAAACUUGGAAAGUGUCUCUUGAAGUUCAAAGUACUUUGAAAGAACCAACAGAAGGAGCUUUCUCUGUGUUAGCAUAAAGUUGUCGGCAGUCUCGGCUGAAGGAGACGCUCUGUGGUUGCUCCUGCACACUGCUGUGGAUAACUGUUCUGUCUGUGCACGUGGAAUCUGCUUCAACAUCACACUAGUUACUACUACUCACUGACGCUCAUCAGGUUUAGCUGCAGAAUUCAGCCCGUAAAGGAACGAAGCUUUCGGACAAAUAGCAGAAACGGCACUUUGUUCGACCCUCAAGCUUUGUUGUGAGGCGUAAACUGAGCUGUGUGGACAGAAAUGACCGACACUGUAGCGCUAAAGGUGCUUUCUCACCUGACAGAUCUGGUUUUCUUUGCUUGUUAAGCUACAGAAUUUCAAAACAGAUUCUAAAAUUAGUUUGAGCAUCUUUACAGGAAUGGAAAACAUCCUGAAAACUACAAUCUGCUCAGAAUUUUCAUUGUUGUAAGACGUCCCAGGAUGGGGAUGUAGUAAUGCUAAUGCUAGGUCAGUUAGCCUUAUCAAAUCUGCCACAUCUCACAACUUAAAUGUGGACUUUUAGGCAAUUUUCUGAAACAAAGAGUCGACUCUGAGCUGUUGAAGCGUUCCAAGAACAUCCUGGAAGACUUUUUGCGUUGAUACGAUAUGCAGAUGACUCACAAUUUUGCCUUCUCAACAGAUAAUACAAUCUAAUUUGGGACGUUUUUAGCAUAAAUUUGUACUUUUAGCAGUUUGUCUGAAACAAAGAGUCGACUCUGAGCUGUUGGAGGCUUCCAGAAAUAUCCUGGAAGACUUCAUGUUACUACAGUAUGCAGAUGGCUCACAGCUUUACCUUAUCGAACCAAUACAACCCAGAUUUCCAGGUCUCUCAAAAUAAAUGUAAACUUUUUGGCACUUUUCUAAAGCAAACAACUGUCAAAGCAGCCCAGAAAUAUCUUGAAAGUUAGCACAAUACGCAGAUGACUCACUGGUUUAUCGAACAAAUAAAUCAAAUUGUCCACAUCGCUCAAAACAAAACCAGACUUUUAGACGCUUUCCUGAAACAGUCGACUCUGAAGUGUCCUGGGAGACUUCACGUACGCCGAUAUGCAGAUGACUCACAGCUCUACCUUCCUAAACUCACGCUACUCCCCUCCGCCAUCCCACCCCGACCCCGAACGUUAGAGCCUGAUGAACUGAAGUUAACCCUCGCCGUGUUUAUAGUUCCCCACUAGAGUGCGCUGUCGCAGCACGUUGAAGCUCCACAGAGUCCGACCCGCUCAAACAUGUCGUGCACCACAGUGACGGUGGAAGUUUGUCUUUGUACAGUAAAUGUACAGUUCCAGUGCAGUCAGUGUGUAAAUGUGGAGCUUUUCUCUGGUUCGCCCACUAGGUGUCACUAGUUAUUAAUCUCACAAUAAACAUACGCUUUCUGUCAUGACAUAUUUUCUUCUUGCUGCGUUUGAAGGACUGAACCUGUUUCUGCCUGAUUUAGCUCUUUGAGUCCUUUAUAUUCCUGCUUUUCUUUAAGGAAGCCAAAAAUAUCAGCCUAAAAAUUAAAAACAUUAGUUUCUCACAGCAAUUCCAAGCAUAGUGAGAUAUUUAAGAACCGAUUCCAGCUUUUUAAAAAAAGAAGCAGAAACAGGCAAAUUCGGGCCUUUAGCGUCGACUGAAAACAGCUUAUAUCCUGAAGGAAGGUGUGUUUACAGCAUGAGUUACCUGGUUUUGGUCCAGCUUUUAGAAGAUUCCGGUUUUGUUUUGCACAUCUGAUCCUGGUUUCUGGUCGUGUUGUCUUUAAAUCAAGUUCCAGUAUGUAAAACAGAUCAUAUUUCUCGUUCAGAAUGAGCGUUUAACUGGCAAACACCAACAAUAAGAAACACAAUGAGUGUUAUUUUACAGAAAUCACUGCAUUUUGGAGUUAUUUUAGAGCAUUUAAUUCACAAAAAUGUAUAUUAUGAUUGAGUAAACGAAACAGAAAUGAAUGAAACUGGUUAAAAUUGAACAUUUAUUCUCAUUUCUAAUCAUUUUGACACUGAGAAGCACCAAGAACUCCUCCAUGCAGAACAAACCCUGCAUGCAUUCUGCAGAAAAUAUGAUCAGAAACCUGAAUCUUGUAAAUGCUGAUCAAAAAAACAGGUAAAGUUGGAUGCUGGUCCACAUGAGCUUCAGUUUAAAGCUAAUGUGAAAGCAGAGGAUGUUAAAAUGCAUCAAAUAUUCCAAAAUAAACUGUUUUAGCAAAGUUACGUGAUGGUGUUUGGGUACUUGAAUGCACCACAGAUGGUUUACAGCAGCAUGAAAACAACUUCUGCAGGAAAUGUGACAAACUGAAGUGAAACUAAAGAAAUCUGUGAAAUCAGAUUCAAAGUUUAAUGAGCAGGAAUCUAAAAACAUCAUUUUAAAGAGUGAACAUCCAGAACCCGCUUCUGUCCUUUAAAACGCUGAGAGAAUAAAGCUCCUCGUCACAGAACGGAACUCAGAUGUGGUUGUUUUCUGGAGAUCUGCGGUCUAGAGCCUCUAUUUUGAUAACUUCACUAAGUGUACUUUGAGUUCUCCGGUUUUCCAGUGACUGUGUUUGUGCUUCAGACUCACUGCAUGCCUCUAACUUCUCAUUCUGGGUUCAGUCUGUUUCUUCUUCUUCUCAUCAGCAUGGAGACGCUUCAAUAAUAACAGUGACCACUCUCUGAAUAUAAUAAAGAAUUUGAUGUUUUUCUA